AUGUUCCUGGAACUUGCUACUCUCCACUACGAAGUCCUCGGUACUCAGCCACACAGAAUGAGAAACUUCUCGGAGCGCAGGAGGAGUACCAGCGAGUUGGAGAGCUUGGUGCGAAGUCUGGUAUUAUGUAAUUGAUCAAGGCAGACACUUUAUCAAUAACCCUGGUUUAUGCCGGGGGGUACCCUGACAAACAGCUAGCAGCAUUCAAGCCAUUCUCUGACGUUCCCAGAAUCUCCCCACUCGUGGGGCAAAUGGUUGCCGGAUUAGCAGGGCUAAAGCAGGCCUUCGCACCGCUCUUCUCUGGGCCCGCCAAAAGGUAUGCUUAUUUCCCCAGCACGCGAGAGGGACACACUAAGCCCACGAGGAAAUAGACACUGUCGGCGUUAUAGCCACUGGUAUCGACGUAGCCCUCCAUAAAUCCCUCUGCGCCCGCUAUGAACACAUCCAAGCAGAAGCCACCCAGCGUGCAAAUGGAACCCUCUCCUUAGUCAUGCAAACAACCUCUAAAUCUGCCAUCGAGUACAGCCCCCUCAACGGUGGGAACGCGAUGGGAUUCUCAGAUGAACUGCAGCAAUGCACCCCCCUUCCCCCCUGCCACCCUACUCUUACUAAUUGACUGCUGAAGGGCUCGUCUACCUCUUCGAUUGGACAAACCCACCAGACGAUUCAUACAUCUUUGAUACAGAAUAGUGACUGAAAAAGGGGUGGAAGGGAUUAGAGGAGACCAAAGGACUAUAUUUUCCCAGUCAGUAUCUGAACGACGCUUCUCAUGAGCAUGACCUGAUCUCUUCUUACGGCAGGGAGUGCUAUGCCAAGUAGAAGGCUAUAAGUCAGAGGUACGAUCCUGGGCGGUUCUUCCAGAGGCCAUCCUAUGGGGGUUUUUUAUUGGGGGAUGCAGAGGGGAACUUUUUGUAGUCUAUCUACCUUUCGAAGGAGGUGGGUCUGAUAGUCAUGUAAUAUCACUCGGAUAUAGUUUAUUUGAGAGAUACAAGAGCAAUAUCAACCAUCUGGGUUACCAGAAGUGAUGCAGCAC